AAGCGGCUUUAAGACAACUUGAGGGAUGCCAGUUUUUUUUUUUCUUCUUCUUCCCAGACGCUCCUGAAACUUUUUCCGCUCCGUGAGGUUUUGGGGUUCCUCGGUUCUGUUCGAAACUGUGUAAACCUGCAGCGGCAGGAAUGAAAGGCGAGGACGGAGAACCGCCGAACCCAGAACUUUAGCGGUUGUUUGAAGGAGAAACCCGCCCUAAAAGAAGAAGAAGAAGAAGCAGAGCUUCUUUCUUUCUUCGUUCGGAUCAUGAAGUGAUGGAAGGAGAGAAGGAGCAACAGAGGGAGGAGAAGGAGAGCAACGAAGCUGAAGAUGACAGGAGGAGCGAUGACGAGGCUGACAAUGAAGAAGAGGAGGAAGAUUCUGAAGGGGCGGUGCUGAGCUGGCAAGAAGGCCACGACAAGGAUGAUCUGGGCCUUCCCAUCAUGCACUGGGAGGCCCUCAGCCUGCGGAUUGCAGAAUUGGAGAAGCAGGAGGAGGAGCGGAAAGCAAAGGCAGGGGCUUCAGCGGAGCAAGGCCCGACCCCGGCCAACUGGGCCGAGGAGCGAGGCAGGAGACCGGACCGGUGGGAGGACGGUAACGACGCGUGCAACAGCCACGUGCUGGCGCUCACCUCCCGCCUGCAGACACAGAUGAACCUCCAGCUCUGCUUCAUCAACAACAGUGAAAGUGAGGAGGAGGAGGAGGAGAAAGCAGAUGCCUGCAACAAAGAGAGCAACAACAGGAGAGGAAAGACUCCGCCCCAGAAGAACUCCCAGCAUCCGGCCAAGCCCGACCGCCCCAAAGCCAGAGGAUUCAGGAACACCCUGAGGAACCUGCGGGACCGCCUGAGGGCAGACCACAAGACCCCGAACUCCGCCGGCAGAGGGUCAGGCGUCCACCGGAAACAUCUGGAGCGCAGCGAUGUGCAGAGUUUGAGCAUGAAGGACCUGAACGCGCUCCGGACGUCCCUCAGCCAGGCCGUCCAAGACCUCAGCGCAGAGCUGGUGAGCUGCCUCCACAUCCGUGACCAGCUGAGGACGGAGCAGGACGCCAUGCUGCUGGAGGUGCAGGACCUGACGUCCCUGUGAGGCUCCUGACGUCCCUGACUGUCGGACUCUUCAUCCCGAAGGUUCUUCUGGAGCGUUCCUUUGCCGGACCGACCCAGAGACGGGUCGGGGUCAUCCACUUAGGAAGCUGCUGACAAAGGCAAGGACAGUUUCUGGAGUUUGUGGGCAGAGACGAAGAUCCUGGGUUUGUCCCAGUCUGCUGUAGCGAUGGUUGGCGGAAGAGACGCUUCAUCUUUUUCCUGAGACUUAGACCCCGUUUAGCUUUUCCUCAAGCUUUUCAUUAAAGGAAGCUGUGCAGUCUCCUUUGCACGGCACCGAGGACCCGUCUGCUGAUUCACGGAAACACGGAACUUUGUUCUUGCAGGUGACAUGGAAGCGGGACGUUGGCACACCGACCGGUGAAGUCGUGUCGUCUGCUUCGGUUCUGGAGUCACCAACGUUUUUGAAAAAAAAGGGAUUUGUUCAAUGGCAGAAUUUAAAAACAGACUUCCAGUCUUUGGUCAGGCGUACUCCCCUUCUCUUUGGUGAGCGAGUCCAUGUUCUUGCCGUGUGACUCGUCCGUGCCGUCCAAACCGGACCGGUCUGAGCCAAGUGCGGCUAAUGCAGGUCCAUGUUUGGUGGAGCCUUCCCGAUGAUGCUUCCACGCUGGAAAUGAUCACCAAGCAGGAGGAGCGUUUUGCUCCUCCUUCAUCAGAACCACAGCUGGCCCCUGCAUCAUGUCAGACCUCUCUCCUCUCAGAGGUUUGAGUCUGGGCUGUCAUAGCUUCAGCAUCUAAAAGGGGAAGUCCACAAACCUUGAAGUCCUCCAGAGGAUUGAAGGGACGUUUAAAGAAGUGGUGCAUGCAGUCUGAAGGCCGUGUAACACAGCUACGCCGAACAUUUUCCAAGUAUGAAGUUGUGAUUCGUGCCUGAUCUUCGUCAUUCAUCAGUGUUUCUUGCGUUCGGCGAUGUGCACAGAUGUUCAUUGAGGGUUUAGGCCAACGUUUUGAGCGGCUUUAACUUUUUAGUCGGUUGAGAAUAACACAGUUUAUGUGUAACUUUUGUAGUUUAUACGCACUCUUUACGUAAGUCUUAUGCAACUCUACGUGAUUUAUGCUCAAAUUGGUGGCUUUCCACCAGCGUUCCACGUAUCUCUAACAGACUUUGCACGCCUGUACCACGGAUGUGUAACAUUUAUAUCGGGUUUACCGGCUACACAUCACGUUCAAAUGACGUGUUUGACGCAUGAAUCACCGAUGGAUACAUAUUUUAUUCACUUACGUGCUCUUUGUUUUGUUUAUUCGUACUUCUGUGGUUUUAACGCGGUUCAUUCAGGAAACAUCUGAGAAAAUCUCACAUAACGACCACAACCUGUCUCACUUUUUCCCCGAAUGACCAGUUUUCAUCUGUGCAAAACGUUGGUAGUGGCCGUGCGACGCGGCCUUUACUCUGCACUUUCACCGUUUUAGGCCUCUUUUCAUUUACUUCAGCAGAUCCUGACAUAAAUGCGAAGCAAACCGAAUCUCAACAAAUGUAGAAUUUUCAAUCCGUUCUUCGAGCCACAAAUGGAAAUGACGGUCUCAGAAUUUAGCGACUCAUGUCUAAGUGUUUCGCUCAAACUGAACGCGGUCCAUUCUGACUAACAUUUUAAUAUUUCUGGUGCUUUUUUUAUUCAUCAACUAGUUCUACUAAAUUUGAUGUCACAGGAAAGGAAACAUUGUGGUGGUAGGGACUGUUAUUGCUAAUAAAGAUUUAAUGUUUUCUAAAAAAAAAAAAAAAA